GUUAUAGACACCGUUAGGUCUCGCGCACAGUGGUGCUGGUGAUUAAGUAGAGUUAAUGGCUAUAAUUAAUGGUGUCUGUCCCGCGCGUCUAUCUUUUUGGGCUGCUCUCCCGCCAUUGUUUUCCCACUCAAAAUUUGAACCAAGUUAUCAAGAUCUUUUCCGUUGCUUAUUAUAUUUUUUUCUGUUUUGGGUGUGUUGAAGUGGUUUUUCUGGAUAUUGUCAUUAAAGAUCUGAGAUUUCUGUUCUGUUUUGUGGGUAGAUCUGUGGUUCGAUCGGGGCGGUGGAAAGGGAAAUGUUUCUUGUUUUUCUGGCCGAAGUUUGAGAGCAGUCAGCUAUUUUAGUCAGGGAGGAAAAUAGAGGUUUUCUUGUCAUGGAAUGCAAAUACUGCCAUUUUGAAACCUGUAAAAACUGAAAGAUUGUAGGGCUCUUGUAAGUGAAGCUGCGAUCCGUGAUCUUGACGGUAAAAGAUAGGGCUUUGAAUACACACAAAUGGUUUUGAUUGUGGUGUAGUGAAAAAGAGUGUGGAAAUGUCUUCGUACUGUGAUCAGGAGGGCAAGCCUCAGACUUACAGCAGGAAGGAGAAAUCUUUGGGUUUGUUGUGCUUGAAUUUUUUGAAUCAUUACACACAGGAGAAAGUCGAUUCCAUUAGCCUCGACGAGGCAGCGUGCCGCUUGGGCGUUGAAAGGCGCCGGAUAUAUGACAUUGUUAACGUUUUGGAAAGCGUUGGGGUUCUGGUUAGAAAGGCGAAGAAUCGGUAUACAUGGAAAGGCUACGAGGGGAUUCCCAAGUUUCUCGAAAAGCUACGGGAGACAGCUCUGGAAGGUGAUGUAUUGAACGGCGUGAAAAAUCUCGCAGAUUUGUCUGAGAUCAAAAUGAACAAUGUCAGGGUCUGCGUUAACUCCGAUGACGAUGAAGAAGAAAAUUCAUCGAACGAGAAUCGCCCGCCAUUGGAGAACGUAAAACGGCAAACAACAAAGCACGGAUUGAACAAAAGCAGCCCCGUUUCUGUCUUCGGAGAGGCCUCCAAAUCAAAAGCAGAUUGCAGGCGCGAGAAAUCUCUUGGGCUUCUCACGCAGAAAUUUGUUCAGCUUUUCCUCGUCACGCAGGCUCAAAUUGUUUCAUUGGAAGAUGCCGCCAGGCUGCUACUAGGAGAAUGCAAAGAAUCAGCCAAGCUCAAAACCAAAGUUAGGCGUCUGUACGACAUUGCGAACAUUCUCUCAUCCCUAAAUCUCAUUGAAAAGACUCACAGUGCGGAGAACAGAAAGCCGGCGUUCAAAUGGCUGGGCGCCAAGGACAACGCAAAGUAUCCCUCUGAAACGCCAAGUAGGAAGAGGCAGUUUGGCACUGUACUGUCGAGCAAUACAAGCACAACGGCUGCCCCCAAAACAAAGAGACCCAGGCCAUUGAACAGAGAUCAUGUGGAAGCCCCUGCCAAGAACAGGACGACGCUAAAGCCUCUGCAACCUCGCAGUUCAGAUUUGAAUGCAGGCGGGGCAAUCUACAAUCCUGUUGCCCUCUAUCCACGCGAACGUCAAGGCUCCUCUGUGCCCGUUCCUGUGCCUAAUGUGGCCGUAUCUGCUCCACGAGUGCCCACCAGCCUGACGCUUGGAACCUCUGGAGGAUGGAGGGAAUGGAGCACAACUGACUCACACAGAGCUUCAGAACAAACCGAAAAGAAGGCUUCUGGUUCCGUUUCAGCCUCAGAGACCAGAUCUUCUCAGUGUUUGGAGGAUUCCAGUUUUAACAGGCGCGGAUCAUCACCAAAGGGCAGCGCUGCCGCUUUCUCAUUUGGCCCAUUUUGUCCUUUUCGUCUGCAACAACAGUGCCUGGCCACUAUUUCAUCCUCCUCGCAGUCUUCCGACCGUGGGAAUGAUCAGUCUGAUGAGAGCAAAGACGGAGAAUGCUUUUCUCAGGAACAGGCACGGACAACGCCAUUUCCUCUGCACUAUCAAAACGAAGCACUUGACCAUAUGUUCCUUCACUACAUGAAUGCAUGGAAAUCAUGGUACUUGCAAGUUGCAACUUCUGCAACGGCCAACGCCACAUCAACAGUUCAGUCGCCAGCUCCUUGUGCCCAAGAACCCUGCGACUCAUCUACGGAAGAUAUCUGAGCAAAGGAGAGAUUAAUUUAAAAAUUCUGAUUGUAAUUGUUUGCACAAAAUAUAUUUGUACACUCCUUUGCUCACUUUGUGAAAUGUAUGAGCUAAAUCAACAUUCUAUUAGAAUUUGAAAGCAUUGAUUCCGACGGCGAGGCGUAGAAUAAUUGGCAUUGGAGGCGUUCUUAGGAAUUUUUCCUCCAGCAAUGCUCAAGAAUGAUGUUUGCAGUUCAAUUCUUCCAGUUGCUUAAACUGAAGAGUUCUGUGCAGAUGAGCUAAGUCCUUUAUCUCUGGAUUUCAAGAAGUUAACUUGAUUGUAGCUACACUGUUAGCUUUUUCUGUUUCUUUUUCCUCAAUAGCUAAAACGCAACUCUUGAGAAUUGGAAUGUUAUUUAUAACUGCAAUUCUUAAGAACUGAUGAUUUUUUACAACGAUUAUGAUAAUUGAGCUCUUCUUAAGAGUUCAUCAAGAUUGUGGGUGUG